UUACGUUUCCUUGCUGAUGAAAUAGGCGAACGAUUUUCGUCAUCGACUGUGAAAGUUGAAAUCCGCAGGCCAGGCAGGACAAGGAGCGCUCCUAACGACAUGGCACCGCGGGGACAGAGGGCGCUGGCCGCCCCAGGAUGCGAGACCCUCCUGCUGGCCGUGGUGGGUGCCAUGCUGCUGGUCCUACUUGACUCAGCCAUAAUCACCACAUUUCCUGAUCGAUCAGCUGCUCCCCAACGAUGGAAGUAUAAUAGCCACUCGGAUAGACUGUGUCCACCAGGAUACCAUGCCUCCGGACACGGUGAAUGUCAGCCAUGCACUCCGGGUGUAGACUACACCAAUCACUCCAAUUAUCUACCGGAGUGCAUACACUGCACUAUUUGUAAUAAAGAUGAAAAAGAGAUACAGUCCUGCAUCCCGACCAGGGACACAGAAUGCCAAUGCAAGCCUGGUACUUUCCGGAAGGAAGAUUCUCCAGAGUUCUGCCAUAAGUGCAGAACUAGGUGCCCAGAAGGGAUGGUUGUGGAGAGUCCUUGUACCCACCAGAAUGAUCUGAAAUGUGUCCCAGAACGAUCAGGUAUAAAGGCCAAUGGGGAAGCCCCAGGUCCUGGAGAGGCAAUGACCACCAGCCCGGGGAUUCUUGUCUCUCUCUCUCCUGUCCCAGACAAUACCCAACUCUUGGUGGGGAUUGGCAUUGGUGUCCUGAUUGUACUGCUGCUGGUGCUGCCGCUGCUGCUGGGGACUUGGACCUGCAGAAGAUCAGGUGGCAGAUGGAACCCAAAGCACUGGCACACAGUCUUUCUCUGGCGUUCGUGUCCCCCAGUGGGGCCCGGGGCUCAGGACAAUGCUCAGAAUGAGAUCCUGGGCAGUGGAGACUCACAGUCCACCAUUCCAGGGGAAGUCGAGGAGCCAGAAAACCCAACCACUGUUGCCGUACAGUCCCCAGAAGAGGGCGCGCAUCUGCUGGGAUCUGCAGAAGCCGAAGAACCUCUGAUCAAAAGGAGAUGGCUCAUUCCUGUGAAUGAUACUGAUUUCAUUGAGGUUCUGAGGGGAUUCUUCUAUAAGUUUUCAGAUAUUGUGCCCUUCAACUCUUGGAAACCCCUUGCACGAAUGUUGGGCCUCACAGACAAUGAGAUUGAAAUUAUCGAAGCUGGAACAAAUAAAUCAGAUCUUCUAUAUGAACUGCUGAUGAAGUGGACCAAGAAAAUGGGGCAGGGUGUCUCAAUCAACACUUUGCUAAAUGCCUUGGAGGAGCUGGGAGAAAGGUCUGCAAAGGACAGAAUUGAAGAACUUCUGGUGAGGUCUGGACACUUUAUCUAUCAAGACGAUGGGGCAGAACUUUCCUAGUUUACCAUUUCUCCUAGAAAAAGAACGAUGCAUGGACCCUAGCCUGGGAGAAACACUCAGUUCUUAACCCACACUGGAACACACGUGGUGUGCUGUGAUAAGUCCUUUGACUUUUUCAAUCCAUUUGGAGUAACUGUUAUGAGCUACUGGAUAGGAUAAGCUCACUGUGAUAUCUUAUUUAAUGAUAUUCUUCUUCUUUUUUAAAUUUUGCCAGAAGUCAUGUCCCAGAAACAUAGAUGAAAAGAGAGGGACAGAGAAAGCACUUCUCUAGUUGGGGGGAUGGUCACAUCGCAAUCCCUUUGCCUCUGUUUCUCUGUUAGGAUUUGGGGCAUGUGUAACUAAUAGAAAUUGUUGUAUGUUUUACAUUUAAAGUUCCAUCCAUACUGAUAUAUGUGGAUUUAAUAAUGUUCAUUGCUUAUUAACAUAAGCCAUGUACUUUAUUAUUUUUCAUUUGCCAGAGGGUGAAUGCCCUCACUAGAGAGAGAGACAGAGAGGAAAAGAAAGAAAGCACCAAAUCUCGCCCCCCCACCACCCCGUGGGGCUUGGGCAUGCAGCAACCCUGUCUCCUCUCUCUCUCCCUCCUUUCAGAAGUUCAGGGCCACAUAUGCACGUGCCUGGUGUGUUUCUCAAGAUGCUGGGUCUGGCCCAGAAGCUGCACAGUUGACCAUGUGGGAUCCAGCUAUCUUAACUACCAGGGCACAGGCUGGCCCUCUGUUACUUCAAUGCAUGAUUGAAUGAACAUGGAGAAACUAAAAAAAUAUACCUACUGUGUUGUUCCCAUGAAUUACAUGGCUGGGAAUCAGCAAUGAAAGAAAUGACUAAGAUUGUAUAUUUGUAUAUAUAUUUAUAUUUAUGGAGGGGAGGAAUAAAUCCUGUUUCUUCACCAGUUGGGUUUCAGUUCUCCCUCAUAAGUACUUUGGAGUUCACUUAGAUGACUGGCAACUUUUAGAAUGACCAUUAUUAUAAGCUUUUAAUUGUAUACAUGUACAUUUAUUUAUUUAUUUAUAAUUAGAUGUUUACAAAUGAACAGCCCUUUAUCCUCCACCAGCCAGAGGGCAAAGCCCAGGCUGCUGGGGCCCAAAGGACCAUUGCUGGGGUCUUCAGAGCUCCUUCCUCAGUGGCGGAAGCUGGAGACAUUCCUGCCUUUUUCUGAGCCUCAGGUCCACGCUCUGGUUUGUCCAUGGAUGGGACAGUCUCAUCAGGACCCCAUCUUCUAACCUGUCCAUAGCCAGGUGGGAAAUAGGUUGGACCCGAGAUGGCAAAUGGAUUCUACUGCAAAUGUCAUUUCAAAUGAAUGUGAGUGAGUCAGGAGCCCCAGGGGACUAAGGGUAGAGUAGGCAUUUAUCUGCUGCUGAUGUCUGCCACGCCGUCAAGAAGGAAGAGUAGACGGUGCUCGCGAAUGGUGUUAAAUGUUUUCCAACGCAAGUCUCUCUCAUGUCUGGUGUUCUGUGACACAGAGCUUCAGAGCUGCAUUUGGGGUGCAGAUGCCUUAUUUGAAGAUUCCCCGUGUUUUGGUCCCCUAAAGUAUUAGCCUUAUCAGUGUUCGUCCUGUUUAUUCUUGAAAAUAAGCUUCCUGUCACUGUGAAAUUGUUAGUUUAUUCUGUGUUACUUUCUACUAGGUCCAGAUAGCCUGUAACCCACAAUGGGCUGUCACGGAAGUAUUGUGGUCGUGGCUGGGUACGCCUUCAUGCUUCUGCCCAGAAUGUCUUACAGAGCAUGUUGUCAGUCUCAAACCGUGUGUUUAUGUAUAAAAUGUUCAUGUUGUAAAGUUGUGGCUGAAAUAAAUACAGAACUUAUAUUAAAGAGA